AUGGGAAAUUGUAUUCAGAAGUGUCUUCAACAACCCGACGAACCAGUUGGCAUUGCUCAACCUCCCACAGGGCUCAAUGAGAUCGAAAUUUCUCAUCCCCAGAAAGUUUCUAAAACUCUUCGAGACAAGAAUUUAUCUUCUUUACAUACAAAGAAAGGUGGAGUCUAUGAGAUCCGCUUCCCCAAUCAAGGGAAAUCUUCUAAACCACUUGGGAAGACAUCUUCAUCAAUCUCUUUAAACACACGGGAUGAAAGAAUCAAUGGAAUUCAAAUCUCUCAUCCUGGGGAAACUUCAAAACCAGUACUGCAGGAGAGAAAUUCGUUGGUUCCUUCAAAUACCAAGAAAGGAGUCGAUGAGAUUCAAAUUUCUCAUUCUGGACCGGCUUCUUUGAAUAUACGAAAAG